AAUAUAGCAUUAACGUUGUAAUGACACAUUCAGUAACAUAACUAAAAAUUAAAUUCAUAUAUUUCCUACCAUUUGGUUUUUCUAAAGCUUUUGAUAAAAUAGAUUUCUCACAUUGGCUAUAUCUCCCCCUAAAUCUGAUUUUUCCCGCCCUUAAACCAAAGAAAGCAUUGCUCCAAAUCAGUCCUAAAUUAGCAGCAACAGAUCCUGUUAAUGUAAUGUUUUUAAUUUAAUUUUAGGUGCAAUGAUGAAGAGUUUUUUCCUAGCUGUGACUAUCCUGGCAUUAACCCUGCCAUUUUUGGUUGCCCAGGAGCAAAUCCAGGAACAACCAACAGGCUGUGAGAAAGAUGAAAGAUUCUUCAAUGACAAAAUAGUCAAAUAUAUCCCAAUUCAGUAUGCGCUGAGUAGGUAUCCUAGUUAUGGACUCAAUUACUACCAACACAGACCAGUUGCACUAAUUAAUAAUCAGUUUCUGCCAUACCCAUAUUAUGUAAAGCCAGGUGCAGUUAGGUCACCUGCCCAAAUUCUCCAAUGGCAAGUCUUGCCAAACACCGUGCCUGCCAAGUUCUGCCAAGCCCAGCCAACUACCAUGGCACGUCACCCACACCCACGUUUAUCAUUUAUGGCCAUUCCGCCAAAGAAAAAUCAGGAUAAAACAGACAUCCCUUCCAUCAAUACCAUUGCUACUGCUGAGUCUACAAUUACACCUACCACCGAAGCAAUAGUGGACACUGUAGCUACUCAAGAAGCUUCCUCAGAAGUUAUUGAGAGUGCACCUGAGGCCAAAACAGACCAAGUUACUUCAACCGUGGUCUAAAAACUCUAAGGAGACAUCAAAGAAGACAAUGCAGGUCUAGCUGAAACCAAAUGACUACUUCAAACUUUCCUUUGGCCAGUUGUCUGCCUUGAGUGAAGAAAGAAUAUGAUUUUCACAGAUCCAGCUCCUUUCUCGUCUCCUCUUACAUUUUACAUUUAUGUCGCAUUUAGUUUUUUGAUUCCUGCAUAAUAAAGCCAAUCGAAUGCAA